AUGAUGGCACACCGUUGUGCCUUUCAGACAAUUGCCAGCCCUGCGCUGACGCAACGCGAAGUGGAAUUCACAAAGUCCGCGUGGAUUGCCGGACUGCGGCCCGACCAGCGGGGGGCGCAGCAGCUUCGGGAGGUUAAUGUUGAUUUUCCGCUUCUUUCUAGAGAUGUCUCUUGCGUGCGGUGCGGCGGAACCAUCGUCACUGCUGCCAUUGCGUGUGAGCUCGUGGAACCUUUCCCGUACAGGCCAAAGCACGGUAUAAUUGAUUUCUCUGUGCGGCAGCCGUACACGGAACGUGACAGCAGCGCAAAGACGGCGGAAUUGAAGAAAUUAACUGCAUUUUUGGAGAGACUCAUAAAAGGCGGCGGGGUUGUCGACACGGAGGGUCUCUGUGUGCUACCCGGCCGGCGUGUGUGGAGCAUCAGUGUGGACGUCACGGUGCUGAACGACGAGGGGAACGUCACCGAUGUUGCGGUGUGGGCCACCGUGGCGGUUCUGCUGCACUAUCGACGACCGGAACUUACAAUCCGAGGCGAUUCUGUCAUUUUACACCCAACACAUGAGCGAGACCCCGUGCCACUUUCCAUUCACCACACCCCACUCUCCUUCAGCUUUGCGAUCACCAUGGCACCAGGCGAUCGCAACAGGCUGGCACGGGGCCGCAGGGACAGUCAAGAGGCGCUUGAAGUUGUUGUGGAUCCGACUUUUGCGGAGGCGACUGCAGCGUCCUCCUCCGUUGUAGUUGCCGUCAACGCGGAGGGGCAAGUGUGCUCCGUAUCCAAGUCGGAGGGCUCCUGCAUUCAUCUUGACGAGGUUAAUCACUGCAUGGAGACGGCUUCCCUGCUGGCGCCACACAUCUUGUCAUUGAUUCGGGAUGCCAUGGCGGCACAUGAUAAGAGGCGGCAGGAAGCUCUUAAAAGAAUGUUCUUGUGGGCACAGAAGCGCAGCGGAGUCACGAGUGAAGCGACAGAGCCGGAGCCUGCAAAGAAGUUGAAGACUGAGACUUGA